AUGCCAGCACCUUUUGAGGUACCAGGCAUCGUGGACAAUGCCGACGGUUGGGGUCCCACAACAGUGCCAGAGCAACUAGAAGGAUUGCCGUAUGCUCCCUUUGGCAAGGGAGACAAAGUGGGAAGGAUCUCAGACUUCACACAGACAGGCUUCAACAAAUACGGAAAUCGGUAUGGUCAGAAUCAGCCCACCGUUGCUGUCUUCAAUUUCUUCCAUAACGAAGACGAGGACAGCUUCCAUCUGGUGGACAACAAGCCCGCGCAGAGGAAGCAGGGCAUGCGGCGCUUCCAGCCCAACAGGUUCCAGCAGCGGAGGAAUGAGCAGAACCAGCGGGGUGACAUGCAGGUGCACCAGGACCGGCAGCCCAGGAAGCAGCAGAACAAGCGGCCGCAAUUCUUCCACAGGAAUGAGCAGCGGCAAGUGGUGCACAGCUCGAGCGUGGACAUUCGGCCGGAGUGGGUGGUGGUGGAGCAGAUCCCCUUCACCAGCCUGACCAAGCUGAACUACCAGGCGCCCGCGCCUGAGGACCUGGCCUUCUGUGGGCAGCUGGAGUACUACGACAAGUCCUACGACCGCCUCACGCCCAAAACCGACAAGGCCCUCAAGAAGACCCCCCGCGCCUUCCGCUCUGUCACCACCUCCGACGACCCCGUCAUCAGGCAGUACGCGAAGGAGGACGCGGCGCAGGUGUUUAUCACCGACUCGCUGCUGACGACGCUCAUGUGCACGCCGCGGUCGGUGUAUUCGUGGGACAUCCUGGUCACACGCGCGGCCGGCCGCCUCUUCUUUGACAAGCGCGACGGCUCGUCCCUGGACAUGCUGACUGUGGCUGAGACGUCCCCCGAGGCCAUCCCCGAGGACAAGGACAACAUCAACGGCAUGCAGCAGCUCUCCCUGGAGGCCACCGCCAUUAACCAGAACUUCUCCCAGCAGGUGCUGUUGCAAGAGGGCAAGAAGCUGACGUACGACCAGCCCAACCCCUUCGUGGGAGAGGGCAACGAGGAGCUGGCAGCAGUCGCCUACAGGUAUCGGAAGGUGAAGAUGAAUGAUGAGGUGGACCUGGUGGUGCGGUGCGAGCUGGACGGUGUCAUGAACUAUAAGGGCCAGGACCAGCUGCUCUCCAUCAAGGCCCUCAACGAAUUUGACCCCAAGCUCACCGGCGUGGACUGGCGGCAGAAGUUGGAGAACCAGCGGGGGGCGGUGCUGGCGACGGAGCUGAAGAACAACGCGAACAAGCUGGCCAAGUGGACGGCGGCGGCGCUCAUCUCCGGGGCCGACAUGAUCAAGCUCGGCUACGUCUCUCGCGCCAGCCUGCGCGACAACCUCCACCACACCGUCCUUGGCACCCAGGUGUGCAAGCCCAAGGACUUUGCGCAGCAGAUAAAUCUGAACAUGGACAAUUGCUGGGGCAUUGUGCGCGCGCUGGUGGACCUGUGCAUGAAGAUGGAGGACGGCAAGUACCUCAUCGUCAAGGACCCCAACAAGCAGCUGCUGCGCCUCUACUCUGUCCCCGAGGACGCCUUCCAGGAGAACUACAGCGAGGAGCCCAUCCCAGACGCAGAGGAGGCCCCCAUCGCGGACGAGCCCGCCAAGGCCGACGCUGCCGACGAGGAGUGAUCUGGGCACUGAGUACUCUCGAGGCCUAAACAGGGUCGUGGUUUCCUUGAGUGGGAUUGAAUCUGGACAUGGUUGUGAUCUGGUGGCCUGUGGGGUGCCAUCUGGCAGAGCAUGGCUUACCUAUUUGUGUGCAAGACUGCUGCCAGUUUCUGCAUGUCUGGGGGCGGAUGUGCGAGGGUGGUCCUCCCAAGUUUAUGGAGGGACCAUAUUGUUGGCUCGCGCUCAGCUUUCAAGCGUGCUGGGCUGUCGCAGAGCCAGGCUGCAAUGUGAGGAUGCAGUCCCAUUAUGCCUAGAUGAUCUAGGUUUUGAGGCUGUUGGAGCAAAAGAUUCGAAUUCUCCAGAGUGUCCUGUGUUGUUACUAAGGCACCGGCGCCACAUACGAUAUGAGCCAAGACGUGAUCCAGUGUGCUGCCAUUGUCAGGACCAUGAUCAUGGGUGGACCCAGAUUGAGGAUAUUUCAACGGGGUUGAAGCAUUUCACAAGAAGUAUAUUGUACAAUAUUACAGAUAUGCCGACCACCAAAGUGUUUCCUACUCAAAAUCUGUAUUCCAGACAUGAGCUAUUGUAGCUUGUAAGGACUUCUAAUCUACAC